AUGGCUAAUCCAGAUGAACUGGAGUCUGCAGCAAGUGUAGAUGUUGGGGCUGAUAUAAAUGGAGGAUCUAUUCCCUGUAGAGACACAACACAGACAGAUGGUCAGGGUACAACCGAUCAGAUAUAUCCUGAGAAAAUAGAGGUGGUUUCUGUAACUGAGAAUGACAUUGCCUCUAUGGAUACCCCGACCCUGCUCAACGCCAGUCCGCUGGACAGUUCAAGUGCCAGUCCUGCUCCAGAUGACAACACCAUCAAACCAACCAAAGACCCUCUCACAGAAACCCCUUCAGCACAGCCCAGCCUGUCAAUGCCACUUACCAAAGUCCAGCCCUUUGUUACAGAGGACAAAACACUUAGGGGAAGACUAUUUGCACGCAGGAUGGAGAUACUGAUCGGGGCCUGUGUCCUGCUCACCCUCACUAUUGUGCUUGGAAUUGGAUUGGGUGUUGGGUUAAGCUGUACAGGGAAGUUUCGAUGUGUCUCUGGGUGUGUUAGACUGUCUGCACAGUGUGAUGGACACUUCGAUUGUGAACACGGAGAAGAUGAGCUCAGCUGCGUUUGUGCUGAGUGGGAAGAGCUUUCUGCUUGCAAACAGCUUGGAUAUCUGAGAUAUGUGGAGUCGAAAGCUCUUCCUCUGUCUUCUAUUGAGCAGGACUUCCAAAGUAACCUGGUGUCAAUAACUAUGAACAGCACAAAUCUCCAACAGGCCAUCAAGAUACACAACAUAACCAGUUUCAGUAAAACCCAGUGCAGUCUGGGAAUGAUAACAACACUUAAGUGCAUAGCUUGUGGUUCCAGACCUAAGUUCAGCACUCGUAUAGUGGGCGGUAACCUGUCUGCUGAGGGUCAGUUCCCCUGGCAGGUGAGCCUGCACUUUCAGAACGAGCACCUGUGUGGAGGCUCCAUUAUAUCGUCUCUCUGGAUCCUGACUGCUGCACACUGUGUGUACGGGUUUGCAUACCCUGUGCUGUGGAGCGUCUACGUGGGUUUGACUGAUCAGCCAGUCAAUGCGGCGGACUCUCUCGCUGUGGAGAAGAUCAUUUAUCACAGCCGCUACAGACCCAAGGGCUUGGAUCAUGAUAUAGCUCUGAUGAAACUGGUGCAGCCCCUCAGCUUCAAUGGUUUUGUGGAGCCUAUUUGUCUGCCGAACUUUGGGGAGGAGUUUGAGGAUGGUAAAAUGUGCUGGAUCUCAGGAUGGGGCGCCACAGAGGACGGAGGUGAAGGAAGCAUUUCGCUGCAUUCAGCUACAGUCCCACUGAUCUCUACAAAGGCCUGCAGCCAGCCGGAGGUUUAUCAAGGUUAUAUAUCACCAGGCAUGAUCUGCGCAGGGUACUUGGAGGGAGGAACGGACUCCUGCCAGGGUGACAGCGGUGGUCCGUUGGCUUGCGAGGAUUCCUUCACCUGGAAAUUGGUGGGAGCCACGAGCUGGGGACAAGGCUGUGCAGAAAAAAACAAACCUGGGGUUUACACGCGCAUCACACAGUCCCUCACCUGGAUACAUCUGCAGAUGGAGAGAGAAGAAAUACUACAUCCCUCUGCUACCAGCUCUGAUUAUUGAGACACAAAACCGAAUCCAAAUAAAGACUCCACACAGAAAAACUCCAAAGCCUGCCACAGGUUGCACCGGUCACUGUAUUUCACAGAGGCACAGCGGAACAAACCAUUAUAUUACGUUCACUCGAAUCUAACAAAAGGUUUUAUUUGGUGUAAGUAGUCUUAUACAGUACUUGCUAUCGUUUGAAGAAAUACCUGCCAAACACUCAUCUGAUGUGUCACCAUGAAUGACUAAAUACACAGAUAUUUCAAGAGACAGGC